GACUCGGCUGAGAAAAGAUUAUUGGGCUGCAGAGACAAAGAGGUUUGCCAGUUGGGUUUCGAUUUUCAGUUUAGUGUUUCUGUCAACUGUUGAUCUUGACCAAGAAAAUACAGAGGACGAGGGCAUCGAAAGGGGCCAACUUGGCCUAAACGCUGAGUCCUGUAAAUUUCUUGGUAUUUCAGCCGGAGAUGAGGUUAACAUAAAAGUGUUUGUUCCACCGUCAAAGGGACUUGAUUUGUCACACUUGAGGAUUGAGGUGGAUUUACUGGAUGGAAGUUCAACUCAUCAGCCGGUUCUAGCUUCCAACUUGGUGAUAGAAUUUGUGAAAACAUUUAAAAAGCAGAUUUUUACUGAAUUUCAAAGCAUCUUGUUGAGAUAUGGCGGCAAUAUCUAUCACUGCACGGUUGCUGAGGAGAAAAAUUCCCCUGCCCCAAAGCGAGGGAUGCUCCGCAAGACAACAAAAGUGAUUGUGGAGGUUUCUAGUUCUAUGAGCGGACAGGUCAUUGGAGCCGAAAUAAUUAAGAGCAUUUUUCGUGAUGGUUUCGACAUGACUUCUCUGGAACAAGAGCUGAUAUCUCUAAACAUAGGGGGGAUGACCUCACAGAUCCGUGAAAUUGUUCGCCUUGCAUUUGGCUCCCGAAUGGUAUCACCCGCCACUGCAAAGAAGUUGAAUCUAAAGCACAUAAAAGGGAUGCUGCUGUAUGGUCCACCAGGCUCUGGGAAAACAUUGAUUGCUCGAAGUAUUUGCAAGUUACUAAAUGCAAAAGAGCCCCUGAUUGUACGUGGACCAGAAAUCACACAAGAAUUGUAUGGUGCAUCUGAGAGGCAUAUAAGGGCACUAUUUGAUGCUGCUGAGAAAGAUGAAAAACAAUAUGGUUCUAAAAGUGACUUGCAUGUCAUUAUUUUUGAUGAGAUAGAUUCCAUUGGAAAGAAAAGAGGAGCAGCUGCUGGAUCCUUCCAACAUGAUGAUAAGAUUGUGAAUCAAUUGUUAACGAUGAUUGAUGGCACAACAGAACUGAACAACAUCUUUAUUAUUGCGACAACAAACCGAAAGGACCUCCUCGAUGAAGCCCUCCUUAGGGAUGGUAGAAUCGAACUCCAUAUCAAGAUAGACUAUCCUGAUGAGCAAGGGCGCAAGCAAAUUUUGGAUGUUUGCACAAGGAAAUGGAAACAAGCUUCUCUCCUUGAUAUAGAUGUUGAUCUACAAGAAAUAGCUCGCAGGACCAUUGGAUAUAGUGGUGCUGCACUUGCAUCCCUUGUGACACGUUCCCAGUCGUAUGCUAAUGGAGAACAUCCGCAGUUGAGCUCCACCGAUAUACUAGAAUUUCUGAAGGUUGCCCACUCUUUAGCCAAAUUCAAGAAGAAAAUCGAGGCACAUCCACUUGCAGACCUUGCUUCUUUUGACGAGGAUAAGGCCAAGCUCAGUUGUUGA